UUCGCGCCAUUUCAUUGUUUAUCACGGAGUAAGUAAAACUUUCUUCCCAAAAUGACGGAUACUCUGGAGUUUUCCGACAUCUCACAAGAAGUGAGGGGUGCUAUGAAUGGUGGUCGACUCAAGCUGAGCAAACAGGGUGUGUUCUUCAAGAGUAUCAAGACUGGCAAAGUAGAACAAGUCCACGUUGAAGACCUAGCCGAGACAAACUGGCUCAGGGUCGCUAGAGGUCAUGAGCUAAAACUCCGCCUCCAAAAUGGGUCGAUAUUUAAAUAUGACGGCUUUCAAGAAUCGGACCACGAAAAGUUGACUGAAUUCAUCAAGAAUAACUACAACAUGACGCUGGAUGAAGUAGAGUUGGCCGUCAAAGGAAGAAAUUGGGGCACGGCAAAGUUCAAUGGCUCGGAGCUAGCGUUUGAGGUCGACAAGAAGCCAGCGUUUCACAUUCCUCUUGGGAACGUGUGCCACAGCACGACGGCCAAGAAUGAAGUCAUCUUGGAGUUUCACCAGAAUGAUGAUACCGAGGUCUCUCUGAUGGAGAUGAGGUUCUUUAUACCUCCAACCGAAUCAGAUAUCAACGCUGCCGAGGCAUUUCAUGAAAACAUCCUGGCCAAGGCAGAUGUCAUUCAAGCCACGGGUGAUGCCAUCGCGUCCUUGGAACAAAUUCCUUGUCUCACACCGAGAGGGCGCUAUGACAUCAAAAUCUUCCCCACAUUCCUCCAGCUUCACGGUAAGACGUUUGAUUACAAGAUCCCCUUCACAACGGUCCUGCGUCUCUUCCUUCUCCCUCAUAAAGACAACAGACAAAUGUACUUUGUGAUUAGCUUGGAUCCUCCUAUAGUCCAGGGGCAGACAAGAUAUCAUUUCCUCAUCCUCAGCUUCAAUAAGGAGGAAGAUUUAUCCUUAGAUAUCAACCUCACAGAAGAAGAGAUAGAAGAGAAGUACAAGGGCAAGCUGCAGACGCACAUGACAGGACCGUCCUUUGAGAUCGUCAGCCGACUCAUGAAAUCACUCUCAGCUCGUAAAAUAACAAUUCCAGGAUCAUUCACGGGGCGAUCUGGAACCCAGACCGUUAGCUGCUCCUACAAAUCCAACAGCGGCUUCUUGUAUCCAUUGGAGAGGGGAUUUAUCUACGUCCACAAACCGCCACUUCACAUCCGCUUUGAGGAGAUAGCGUUUAUCAACUUUGCACGCGGUACGGGCAGCUCGCGAUACUUUGACUUUGAGAUCGAGACCAGGAACGGAAAUGUCUACGUUUUCAGCAGCAUAGAAAAGGACGAGUACAGCCCAUUGUUUGACUUUGUCAGUACCAAGAAGCUCAGAGUCAAGAACAGAGGAGGCGGCGGCAACUUUAAAGACAAGAAAUCGGUGAACUAUGAGGAAAUGGUGGACAGCGACGAUGAUGAAGAUACACACGACGCUUACCUGGAACAAAUGAAAGCGGAAGGAAGGGAAAGAAACGACGACGACGGAGACUCAGACAAAGACUACGUCGCUGAUUUGGACUCGGAUGCCUCAGACAGUGAUUUCAAUCCUGGUGAGAGCGGAAGUGAUGUCGCUGAAGAAUAUGACAGCAACCCAUCAUCGAGCAGUGACUCGGGUUCUGAAAACUCGGGUUCAGAGCGGGAGGAGGGAGAAUUGAAACGGAAGAAGCAUAAAGACAAAGAAAGUAAACCCAAGAAGAAGGCCAAGACUGUGUCCGAAAAACCUCGCAAGAAGCGGAAGGACAAAAAGGACAAGGAUCCCAACAUGCCGAAGCGUCCGAGCUCGGCGUACAUGAUCUGGCUCAACGAACACCGCGAGGAGAUCAAAGAGAAAUACCCUGGCAUCUCGGUGACGGACGUCUCCAAGAGAGCCGGAGAGAUGUGGAACAAGCUGGAGGAUAAGGAGGAGUGGAAGGAGAAAGCCACGGAGCUGAAGGCGGUUUACACCGAGCAGAUGGAGGAGUAUAAACGGAAACUCAAAGAUGAGGGCACGACCACUGAGAAAGCACCCCGUACAAAAUCACCCAAGAAAAGCAAAAAGAAAUCCAGCAAAUCUUCAGAUUCUGCGUCCAGCCCGACCAAGAAAAUGUCUAGCGCAGGCUCAGGAGGAAACUACAAGAGCAAAGAGUACAUCAGUGACUCGUCGUCAUCUGGAGGCGGGGAUGAUGAUGAUGACGAUGAUGAUGAUGAAGAGGAGAAGAAGUCUGAAGCAUCUGAAGAAGAAGAGGCAGUGAGUACUCCUCCAAGCUCCGAUGGAGAGAAAGAAGCCUCAGGAGGCAGCGACAAUGAAGAGGAGGAGGAGGAGGAGAUGGAUGAAGAUGCAUAG